CUUAGUACAUAAAGUGUCGGCCAGCAAGCCGAGACUGUGUCAAGUGCGUUCCGGUUGUUUCUCAAGAUCGUCACCACGAAUCGUGUUCAGUUUUAAGGAAUCAGCAUUACAGGACACGAGCUAAAGCAGUUGGCUCGGUGUGGUCCGAUGACAUGGAUCCCGUCCGACUCUUCUAGUGCUGAUCGAUUCCUACCGCCUCCUCCGCCAGUGCUGGCCCAUCUUCCUCCACCAUCUUCGCUCUUGUUCCCGCCUCCGGCCGCCGAAAUGGAAGAAACAGAUUCACCUACUGCGCACAAACCCUGCCUGGCCAAACGGCCCUUAAUGGCCCCUUUCAGCGAAGCGGCCAAAGCCUUGCUCAGUUCACCUCUUCCGCCUGAAUUGGUCGUCGACUUUAAAGGUUGUAGCGCAACUCCGAUAUCGCCGCCGUCCGUUUCGACGCCGCUGCGCAAUUCAAAUUCAGAGAACAACGUUCAUCAUAUGCCAGCCGAAAACGGCACUUGCAGAUUAGAUGGUGCGGGAUCCAUUCCCGCUUGCCGAACAUUAAGCGACGGUGCUCAUAAAAGUUACGCCCGUCGCAAACUGGAAUCGGAAGACUCGAGUUACGAUUCCGAUUACGAGUGUUCCGAUAGCCUUAGCUUGGCAUUGACGAGUCUGUCAGGUGACCUUAACCAAUCGGCCCCGGGUGCAGCUCAACAGCACGAAGACGUUUCACGAACUGUGUCCGACACCCUGGCCGCCGAGUUUAAUGAGUACGUCUGCGUCUACAAUCCACCUUUCCACAGAUUGAAAGAAGCGGCACGUGAUGAUUCAGGUGACUCUGAUGACACUCCACCAGUUCCUGCCAACGAUCCGUCAUAUUCAAGUCGGCUGGAAUUCGCAUUGAAAUUGGGCUAUACCGAACAGCAAGUUCAAAAGGCUCUCGUUAAACUAGGCCAGCCAACUCAAAAUGAACUCUUAGCCGAAUUGAUACGUUUGGCAUCGCUGGCUGGACCAACUUCAACAGAAGGGAUCGAAACACAGACGGAUUGCUUUCGAUCACAUCGUCCUUUGUCUAUUACCAGCUCAGAUGAGGCGGUGUUAAGGCAUGUCGUCAUUGAUGGCAGCAACGUCGCCAUUAGCCACGGCAACAAGGAAAUUUUCUCGUGUCGGGGAAUCCAGCUGUGCGUCGACUGGUUCCGCGCCAGAGGCCACCGUGAAAUCACCGUCUUCGUUCCCAUGUGGAGAAAAGAGACUUCUAAAAUUGACGCGCCCAUCGCCAAUCAAGAGAUUUUAUUGGAAUUGGAAAAGGAAAGGAUGUUGGUGUUUACGCCGUCUAGGCAAGUCGGUGGCCGUCGUUUGGUUUGCUACGACGACCGUUACAUUCUGCGUUUAGCAGCCGAGACGGACGGUAUUGUCGUGUCAAACGACAACUACCGCGAUCUGGUGUCGGAAAAUCCAGAAUACCGCAAGAUCGUCGAGGAGCGUAUUCUCAUGUAUUCGUUCGUCAAUGACCGAUUUAUGCCACCGGAAGAUCCUUUAGGUCGUAACGGACCCAAACUGGAUCGCUUCCUUCGCAAACCGCCCGCCAAAGGUUCGGCCGAAGCUACGGGUCCACCGUGUCCGUACGGGAAGAAAUGCACGUACGGAAAUAAAUGUAAAUAUUAUCAUCCGGAGAGAGGCAAUGUCCCGCAAAAAACCAUCAGCGAGCGACUGGUCGAACAAACGGCCCACCGCCACCUGCUGGAAGUCAAAGCUCGAAAUAGCGGCCAAACAGUUGCGAGAAAGAGUGGAUUUAUUCGAGAAUCUUCACCGACGUGCAAGACGUUUAGUCUUCCAUUGGCGAAAGAAGUUGUUGGUGCUUCAUCGGGCAAACCGCCUAGCCCCGUGAAGAAAACUCCGUUAGCGCGGACGAAAUCCAUCGUGCCCUCGUUGACCGUUCUCCCACCUGAAUUAAUCGAAGAGAGACCUGUACAGGAUGAUACGAAUCCGCCGGAAGAACAGGCCAAUAAGGCGACUAUUCUAAAGAGUCGGAGUGUGGAAAACAUGGCUAGACUUUCGCCAGUUCGUUCGGCCGUCCCAGCCCAACAGCAGAUCCCGCACGGAAUGAUGCUUCACGCUCCUCCGCCUGCCUUUUCCGUCCCUCCUCCACCAAUGACGAUGGAUGGAUUCGGAAGCAGCAGUAUGAACUGGAAUAGAAGUGGACAUGUCCCUUUGGGUCAACAGUUGUCAGAUUCGCCCUCAGCCACGUCUUCUAGUGGACUAGAAGAUGCAGACGAAUCGACCCGUUCAAAUCCGCAUCGCAAAGUCCAACGUCAAUUGACAUUGAACCCUUUGAAUCCAGCGUGUGACCCGCGAUUGUACACCUUAAAGGGCUUGGCUCCGCCUUAUCCGCCACCGCCCAUUUCCGUCCAUUCGAUCGUGACUCGCAAUGCAUCCGCCCCGGCGCCAACAUCUCAACUUCACACGCGUACCCAUCCGCACCUUCAACCAACCGGAGCUAACAAUCACAUGCAGCGGUUGAAUAGCACAUCGGACACGCAGCUUAAUUUGUACGGUGCCACGGCGUCGACUUCCGUUGCACAAGACUGGAAUUCACAAGGACUGACGGAUCCCUUUGAUGAAUGGACAACCUCCCCUCCUCCUCCAUUACCGCCCGUUCAGCCUACGCAACAUGUGCAUCAACAUUCUUGGGCUAGCCGAACAUCCAGUUUACCAGCUCAUCAACACCUGUCUUCAUCGCAAGCGUUUGGCGAGAACGGUCCCAACAGCAAAAGUGAAGCGCGUUACAAGCUGUUUUAUCAUUUGGCUGCCAUCUUUCCGGAAGACCAGGUACGUCAAGUAAUGUCACUUAUGCCAGACGAAACAAAUGCGCAGAAAAUUUGCGCUGCCAUCUUGGCAUUGUAUCCGAAAGACAAUUAACUGUCGAACGGGAAUGUCAAAAUUACGUUGCAUCCUAUUGUUUUAGAAAAAAAGAAUCUGCUCCCUGACAUCAGUAUUCGAUGCUGUGGGAGGCAAGAUCUUUGUCCUGAGAAGUUCCUUCGUGGACUGUCAAAUGCCAUUAAAUGUGAAUGCACACACUUUUGUUUAGUGAUCAUGUUUGACAGUUUGGUUUGCCUCUGUCCGUUUGGCCUUUCCUGUAGUCUCCUGAUCGACUUAAAAACGACAAUCGUCGAAGAGCUCAUUUGUACUUGACCAGUCUUUAUUGAAAAGCGGCUUUGAAUUUCGUGGAUCCAUGAUCGUUUUAUUUAUCCUUUGAAACUCUCCGCUUUUGGGUCAAGUUUUAUUACUGCAAUACUAUGUAUUGCGGAGUCUAUAUAUAAUUAUCUAUAUAUACUUGGUAUGAGGGGUUUUCACCCUGCCGGACGUUUUCUUUUUGUUUUUCUUACAACUUUGGCUCUCUCUCCUCUCUCCUGUAUAUCUAUUUGAAGUUUUUUUCGACAAUGUCAUAUGCCAUCCUGAUUGUAUUAAAAUCGAUACAUAUUCUUGCGCACAAAAUGUAUUUAUCUUGUUGUCACCGUCGACUGCCCGACUAGACCUUCUUUAGUCAGCCCACCUCUUCGUCUUCGUUUACGCAUUAGUGAAUUCCAAUCAAAUCGCUCUCCAGUUCGUUUCGUACCGUUCGUGAGGCGAUCUGAAUUGCAAUCAUCUGAUUCUGCGUCGACUAAUUCCCAUUCGACUCCUUUAAAUUUCAAUUCUUCUAUCCUAUUCUUCGGCAAGCUUCCAAUAGGGAUACGAGACCAAUCGUGCUCUGUGAUUUUCAAAAAUUAAUAAACAAACAAAGUAUUUAAAAAA